AUGCCUUUUUGCAGCAUUCGCGAUGGCCUAGUGGCAGUGCGCCUGGACUCCCAAGGCCAAGGUUGCGACUUGGACCACGCUCUCAUGCCGCUCACACAUACAGGAGUGUCGGAGGCUGCAACUGCAGAAAUGACCAUAAAGAAUGUUGAAUUUAUGAUCCUACUGAUCACUUACUUAGACCAGUGUGACAGGCUGGCUCUCAGGUCUUUGGCUACAGUGGCACAGGACUGUUCCCAGCCCUGUGCCUGCCCUACAGACCCUGCUCCCUGUCUGCUGGGGAGCAGCCUGGUGUUGGAUGGCUGUGGUUGUUGUAAAGUGUGUGUCAGACAGCUGGGGGAGCCCUGUUCCCUGCUGGAGCCCUGCGACCAUCACAAGGAGCUUUACUGUGAUUACGCUCUGCACAGUCACACUGAGACUGGCAUCUGCAUGGCUCAGGAGGGUCAGACAUGUGACCUCAGGGGCGUGAUCUACCGCAGUGGAGAGUCCUUCCAGCCAAGCUGUAAGCACCACUGUGUGUGUAUAAAUGGAGAGAUUGGCUGUGUGUCACUGUGUGUCAGCAAGGUCCGGCUACCUUCCCCUGACUGCCCAUAUCCACACCACAUCCAGAUCCCUGGAAAAUGCUGUGAGGAGUGGAUAUGUCACCAGACCCCUCAGUACCAACUCUUUCAGUCAGUCAUUGCAGGAUCAUCUCAGAUUCAGUCUUUGCCCUCCUCAUAUCCCACCUUAGUCCUCAAAAACACAUCUCCUCUUGGACUUCCAGAAGAAAACCCCCGAGAUAACUGUAUAAUCCAGACUACAGAGUGGAGCCAAUGCUCAGCCAGCUGUGGCAUGGGUGUCUCAUUCCGCAUCACCAACAAUAAGCAGCACUGCCAGUUGGAGAGGCAAACUAGAAUCUGCACGGUCAGGCCCUGCAACAGCCACCAGGAGAAAGAAAUCAAGUCUGAUAUCAUGGAUGUAAACCAGAUCUUCAAGGACCUGGCUGUGAUGAUUCAUGACCAGGGAGAGAUGAUUGAGAGCUGUAUGUCCAGCUGUGGCUCCUCACCUAAACAGGAGCUCAGUAUUCUGUUGGUAAUGACAACAGUGGUGAAACCACACAUGCUGUAA